AUGUACUGGCUCGACGUCGUCGAGCAGUCCGGGUCCAUCUACCUCGUGGGCAAGGUGAAGCUCGAGGGCGAGGACGCCUACGCGUCGGCCUGCGUCGUCGUCCGCGACGUCGAGCGGUCCUUCUUCGUGCUGCCGCGCGUCGACCCGGAGUCCGGCGAGCGCUACCCGAUGGCCAAGGUCUGGGCCGAGACGCGCGCGGAGCUCGUGCCGCGGUGCGUGCCCAAGCAGGCGCCCUUCAAGUGCAAGGGCGUCAAGCGCGGCUACUGCUUCGGCGACGAGUCCGUGCCCCGCGACGACGCGACGGAGUACCUCAAGGUCAAGUACCUCUCGAAGUUCCGGCCGCCGCCGCGCGGCCUCUGCGACCGCGGCGGCAGGGUCAUCGAGAAGAUCCUCGGCGCGGGCGCGACGCCCCUCGAGCUCUUCCUCGUGAAGCGCAAGCUCAUGGGGCCCUGCUGGAUCCGCGUCGACAAGCCCAAGGCCCACUCGCCCAAGGUCUCGUGGUGCGCCGUCGAGGUCGAGGUCGCGUCCCCGAAGGCGAUCACGUUGGCCCGCGACUGCCCCUACGCGGCGCCGCCCCUCGUCUGCACGACCAUCUCCCUCAAGACCGUCGUCAACCCGAAGACGCACCAGCACGAGAUCGUCGCCGUCUCCGCGCUGACGCACCGCGGCGUCGGCAUCGACGGCGCGACGCCCGACGGCGGCCGCGGCGAGGACGAGCGCCUCUUCGCGCCGUCGCCGGGCGCGUCCCACAAGGCCGGGUCCCGGCGCUGGACCUGCGGCACGGUGACGUUGGCGCCCAACGAGCGCGCCCUCGUGUCGUGCCUCCUCAGCCGCCUCCAGCAGGACGACCCGGACGUCUUGGUCGGCCACAACAUCCUCGGCUUCGAGCUCGACGUGCUUUUGGGCCGCGCGCUCCACCUCAAGCUCGGCAACGCCUGGUCCAAGGUCGGCCGCCUCAAGCGCAACAAGCCGCCGAGCCGCUGGAAGGCCGCGAGCGGCCGCGACACGUUCCACGCGUCGGCGACGUGCGGCCGCCUCAUCUGCGACACGUACCUCGCGGCGCGCGAGCACGUCCGCGGCGCGACGACCUACGCGCUCGCGGCGUUGGCGGCGACGCAGCUCGGCGUGCGCGGGCGCCGCGCGCUCGAGCCCCAGGACGUCGCGCACCUGCUCGGGUCGACGAAGGAGCACGUCGCGGGGCUGCUCCGCCACUCCGCCGAGGACUGCCGCCUCGUGGAGCGCCUCAUGCUCCGGCUGCAGAUCAUGCCCCUGUCGAAGCAGCUCACGGCCAUCUCCGGUAAUUUGCUCGCGCGGACGCUCAAGGGCCACCGCGCGGAGCGCAUCGAGUAUUUGCUGCUGCACGAGUUCCACCGCAUCAAGUACAUCGCUCCCGAGAAGCAGCGCUACGACGAGGACUCUGAUGAUGAUUCCAACGGCAAGAAGGGCAAGAAGCGCGACCGCCACGCGGGCCGCGCCAAGGCCGCGUACCAGGGCGGUUUGGUCCUCGAGCCGAAGAAGGGCUUCUACGACUCGCACGUGCUCCUGCUGGACUUCGCGUCGCUCUACCCGUCGAUCAUCCAGGAGUACGACAUCUGCUUCACGACCAUCGACUGGUCCAAGUACGCGCUGCCGGAGAAGCUCGAGGACGCGCCGGCCGCGAAGCGCCGCGCGGUGCUCAAGGCCCUCAUCGACCGGCGCCGCGAGGUCAAGCAGCUCAUCAAGAAGGAGAAGAACCCGAAGACGCUCGAGACCUACAACAUCCGCCAGAUGGCGUUGAAGCUCACGGCCAACUCCAUGUACGGCUGCCUCGGCUUCUCCCACAGCCGCUUCUUCGCCAAGCCGCUCGCGGCGCUCGUGACGUCGCUCGGCCGCGACACUUUGCAGGCCACCGCGGACGUCGCGGAGAAGGAGCUGGGCCUGGAGGUCAUCUACGGCGACACGGACUCCAUCAUGAUCAACACACGCACGGACGACCUGGCCGUGGUGAAGGACCUGGGCAACAAGGUCAAGAAGGCCGUGAACAAGCGCUACCGGCUUUUAGAGCUCGAGCUCGACGGCAUCUUCAAGGCCAUGCUCCUCCUCAAGAAGAAGAAGUACGCCGCGCUGGUCGUCAACGAGGACCCGAAGACGGGCCAGCUCUCCUACAAGAAGGAGACCAAGGGUUUAGAUCUGGUGCGCCGCGACUGGUGCCCGCUGUCGAAAGCCACCGGCACGGCGAUCCUCGACCACCUGCUCUCCGGCGAGGGCAGCGAGGCCAUCGUCUCCGCGGUCAACGCGGUCCUCGAGGACGUGGGCCAGCGCGCGCGGUCCGGCGACGUCGACGUCGCCGACUACGUCAUCACGCGCGGCCUCAACAAGCCCGUCGAGAAGUACCCCGAUUCCAAGUCGCAGCCGCACCUCCGCGUCGCCAAGGCCAUGCUCAAGGAGGGCCGCGCGGUCAACGUCGGCGACCACAUCCCCUACGUCAUCUGUACGGGCAGCGACAAGAACGUCGCGGACCGGUCCUACCACCCUGACGCCGUCGCGACGAAGCCGUCGUUGGAGAAGCCCAAGGUCGACGUCGAGUGGUACCUCACGCAGCAGAUCCUGCCGCCCAUCGCGCGCCUGUGCGAGCCCAUCGCGGGCAUGAGCCGCGCUUCCAUCGCCGACAAGCUCGGCCUCGACGCGCGCAAGUUCGCCGCGGCCAUGGCCCGGUCCCAGUCCGCGCUCGACGAGGCGAACGCGAACAUGCGGUCCUUCACGCCGGCGUCGCUCCAGAGCGACGAGGAGCGCUUCGCGGACUGCCAGCCCCUGGUCGUCGAGUGCGGGAGCUGCAAGCUCCGGUGGCCGCUGCCGCUCGAGCAGCGCGGCGCGCGCGCGCGCCUCGAGGCCGCGCGCGACGCGGCGACGCCGGCCAAGGCCGCGGCCUGCGCGGCCCUGAGCUGCGGCCACUGCGGCGCGAAGCUCCUCGGCUACAAGAACGCGGCGUCGUGCUUCUCGCGCGUCUCGGUGGCGCUCCAGAUGGCGACGCGCGCGUCCCUCAAGGACUACUACGACGGCUGGAUGGUCUGCGACGACUCGGCCUGCGGCGCGCGCACGCGCCAGCUCUCCUGCGCGGGCGUCCGCUGCCUGAGCCGCGGCUGCAAGGGCAGGCUCGUGCCCGAGGCGAACGAGAAGCGCAUCUACACGCAGCUCCAGUACUACCGCGCGCUCUUCGACGACGACCGCCUCGCCUGCCCGCCCAAGAGCGACGAGCGCGAGGUCGCCAAGUUCCUCCAGAAGCAGGUCGCCGACGACAUCCAGGCGAGCGCGUACAACUUCGUCCGCCCGUCCAUCUUCAACGUCUUCGCCAAGGACUUCGCCAAGUACCACUAG